AUGUCAACUACAAAAUUCGUGAGUGGAGUGGCCACAGUCACGGCGAUUACCGUUGUGAUGUCACUAUUCUUCGUAGCUUACAUCGUGAACGAUAUCAACAGCUUUUACGAGGAUGCGAUCCAGGAUAUGAGCGACUUCAGAGACAUCGCCAACACAGCAUGGCAUGAAAUGAAACCCUCCAAUGUAGCGGAGCGUGAGAAGAGAGCACUUUCUGCUCACGACCGCCAACGUAGACUAUCAACCAACCAAUGUAAUUGCGGCCAAAAGAUGAGCAACUGCCCUGCAGGACCACCGGGACCGCCUGGUGACACUGGAUUAGAUGGGGAAACUGGUCAGCCAGGACAACCUGGGCUUCCAGGAAGAGACGGUAACUCCGUUGGCACCGGUAGGAAUGACAAAGGUUGUAUCACAUGUCCUGUUGGGCCGCAAGGACCACCCGGUCCAGACGGAGCGCCUGGGCUUGCCGGCCCAGAUGGAAAUCCUGGAAUGCCUGGAGGUGGAUCUGGAUCAGGACCACCAGGACCUCCCGGUCCACCGGGCGAUGCUGGACAGCCUGGUUCGCCAGGAAGUUCUGGAACACCUGGACCUGCUGGAAAUCCAGGUACAAAUGGAAGAGGUCUCCCUGGACCACCUGGGCUUCCCGGCCCGGCUGGUGCUCCGGGACAAGCUGGACAUGAUGGAGGUCCAGGAUCUGGCGCAAAUUCUGGUCCUCCUGGACCAUCCGGUCCUGCUGGAAAUCCUGGCCAGCCUGGCGCCGAUGGUACUCCUGGAGCACCCGGCAACGACGCUGUUCCUGGUAACGAUGCGCAAUAUUGCCCAUGUCCACCAAGAACUGGCGGUUCGAUUACCUUAAACGUGGGUGGACAAGGAAGUUCUAACGGCGGCAUGAAGAGCGGCAUCAACGCUUAUGGAAACGGUGGGAAUGGAAGCAAUGGAGGAUACAACGUAGGCACUAGAGGACAAAGCAGCGGUGGCCAUGGAGGUGGCAACGGCGACAACAGGGAGUACAAGACUGGAGGUGGUGGCCGGAAUAAUGGUGGCAAUGGAAGACAUGGGGGUGGCGGCCGAGGCAACGGCAGUGGAUACAAUGUUGGUGGAAUGAGGAAUGGAGGCUAUAGUACUUCUUCGAGCAACGGUGGUGGUACGGACAGUUAUGGCUCAGCAGGAAGCAACUUGGGCGGCUAUGCUAGACGCAGACUGGCGUCUCGCUAUCGUGUAGCAGUGGUAAAAAAAGCUGUGAAAGUUUAG